AUGAUCUGCCCCACUCACUCAUGCGCCAUGAUCUGCCCCACUCACUCACGCACCAUGAUCUGCCCCACUCACUCACGCGCCAUGAUCUUCCCCACUCACUCACGCGCCAUGAUCUGCCCCACUCACUCACGCGCCAUGAUCUGCCCCACUCACUCACGCGCCAUGCUCUGCUCCACUCACUCACGCGCCAUGCUCUGCCCCACUCACUCAAACGCCAUGAUCUGCCCCACUCACUCACGCGCCAUGAUCUGCCCCACUCACUCACGCGCCAUGAUCUGCCCCACUCACUCACGCACCAUGAUCUGCCCCACUCAAUCACGCGCCAUGAUCUACCCCACUCACUCACGCGCCAUGAUCUGCCCAACUCACUCACGCGCCAUGAUCUGCCCCAAUCACUCACGCGCCAUGAUCUGCCCCACUCACUCACGCGCCAUGAUCUGCCCCACUCACUCACGCGCCAUGAUCUGCCCCAGUCACUCACGCACCAUGAUCUACCCCACUCACUCACACGCCAUGAUCUGCCCCACUCACUCACGCGCCAUGAUCUGCCCCACUCACUCACGCGCCAUGAUCUGCCCCUCUCACUCACGCGCCAUGCUCUGCCCCACUCACUCACGCGCCAUGCUCUGCCCCACUCACUCACGCGCCAUGAUCUGCCCCACUCAAUCACGCGCCAUGAUCUACCCCACUCACUCACGCGCCAUGAUCUGCCCCACUCACUCACGCGCCAUGAUCUGCCCCAUUCACUCACGCGCCAUGAUCUGCCCCACUCACUCACGCGCCAUGAUCUGCCCCACUCACUCACGCGCCAUGAUCUGCCCCACUCAAUCACGCGCCAUGAUCUACCCCACUCACUCACGCACCAUGAUCUGCCCCACUCACUCACGCGCCAUGAUCUGCCCCAUUCACUCACGCGCCAUGAUCUGCCCCACUCACUCACGCGCCAUGAUCUGCCCCACUCACUCACGCGCCAUGAUCUGCCCCUCUCACUCACGCGCCAUGCUCUGCCCCACUCACUCACGCGCCAUGCUCUGCCCCACUCACUCACGCGCCAUGAUCUGCCCCACUCACUCACGCCCCAUGAUCUGCCCCACUCACUCACACGCCAUGAUCUGCCCCACUCACUCACGCGCCAUGAUCUGCCCCACUCAAUCACGCGCCAUGAUUUGCCCCACUCACUCACGCGCCAUGAUCUGCCCCACUCACUCACGCGCCAUGAUCUACCCCACUCACUCACACGCCAUGAUCUGCCCCACUCACUCACGCGCCAUGAUCUGCCCCACUCACUCACGCGCCAUGAUCUGCCCCACUCACUUACGCGCCAUGCUCUGCCCCUCUCACUCACGCGCCAUGAUCUGCCCCACUCACUCACGCGCCAUGAUCUGCCCCACUCACUCAAGCGCCAUGAUCUGCCCCACUCACUCACGCGCCAUGAUCUGCCCCACUCACUCACGCGCCAUGAUCUGCCCCACUCACUCACGCGCCAUGAUCUGCCCCACUCACUCACGCGCCAUGAUCUGCCCCACUCACUCACGCGCCAUGAUCUGCCCCACUCACUCACGUGCCAUGAUCUGCCCCACUCACUCACGCGCCAUGAUCUGCCCCACUCACUCACGCGCCAUGAUCUGCCCCACUCACUCACGCGCCAUGAUCUGCCCCACUCACUUACGCGCCAUGCUCUGCCCCUCUCACUCACGCGCCAUGAUCUGCCCCACUCACUCACGCGCCAUGAUCUGCCCCACUCACUCACGCGCCAUGAUCUGCCCCACUCACUCACGCGCCAUGAUCUGCCCCACUCACUCACGCGCCAUGAUCUGCCCCACUCACUCACGCGCCAUGAUCUGCCCCACUCACUCACGCGCCAUGAUCUGCCCCACUCACUCACGCGCCAUGAUCUGCCCCUCUCACUCACGCGCCAUGCUCUGCCCCACUCACUCACGCGCCAUGCUCUGCCCCACUCACUCACGCGCCAUGAUCUGCCCCACUCACUCACGCGCCAUGAUCUGCCCCACUCACUCACACGCCAUGAUCUGCCCCACUCACUCACGCGCCAUGAUCUGCCCCACUCAAUCACGCGCCAUGAUUUGCCCCACUCACUCACGCGCCAUGUUCUGCCCCACUCACUCACGCGCCAUGAUCUACCCCACUCACUCACACGCCAUGAUCUGCCCCACUCACUCACGCGCCAUGAUCUGCCCCACUCACUCACGCGCCAUGAUCUGCCCCACUCACUCACGCGCCAUGAUCUGCCCCUCUCACUCACGCGCCAUGCUCUGCCCCACUCACUCACGCGCCAUGCUCUGCCCCACUCACUCACGCGCCAUGAUCUGCCCCACUCACUCACGCGCCAUGAUCUGCCCCACUCACUCACACGCCAUGAUCUGCCCCACUCACUCACGCGCCAUGAUCUGCCCCACUCAAUCACGCGCCAUGAUUUGCCCCACUCACUCACGCGCCAUGAUCUGCCCCACUCACUCACGCGCCAUGAUCUACCCCACUCACUCACACGCCAUGAUCUGCCCCACUCACUCACGCGCCAUGAUCUGCCCCACUCACUCACGCGCCAUGAUCUGCCCCACUCACUCACGCGCCAUGAUCUGCCCCACUCACUUACGCGCCAUGCUCUGCCCCUCUCACUCACGCGCCAUGAUCUGCCCCACUCACUCACGCGCCAUGAUCUUGUUAGCUAAUGGCUCACGCCUUCCUCCCUCGGUCCUUAGGCCACCCUCUCCUCCCCGUUCCUCAGAUCUAGCCCCACCCACGGAGCUGCCCUCCCUUCACGCGCCCUUUAGGCGCUGUCCUCCCUCCCCGUGCGCCCCCUAA